GUAAGCCGUAUCAGUAAGAAGUAUAAUUUGACGCCCGGCGGCGGUGGUGGUUAAAUUGUAUUAGAAAUAUAAUUUCGAGUUAGUGUCUUGAACUUUAUCGUCAAUACCAAAUUCCAGCUGUAUUUACUAUUUUCAAAACUAAAGUACUUCGUUUUCUGUUAUUGUUUGGUUUUGUUGUCUUUGAUAAAACAAAUGUUAAAUAAAACAAACAGAUAAUAAUUAUUUGUAUGAACAUAUUUGAAAAUUAACAGAUUAUCAUAAUAUCUCGGCCACAUAUGUACAAGUUGAUAAGAAACACGUUAAUUUAGAUAAUUGUAACUUUAAGAUUAAGAUCAAAAGAUUAUUUAAAAAGAUAUAUUUUUUCCUGCAGAACGUUUUCGGGUAUUUUAAAUUUUUGAAAGAUGUCAUCAAUCUUUUGUAUAUACAGAUCAAUUUAUUUAGAUUUAAAUCAGUGAAUUAGUGUGUGAUUAAAGAAAAUUACUAAAGAAGUACGUGACGCUAAUACAUCAAUGCUACAUUUUUUAUGACCAACAAUAAACGUGGGAAUUUUCAAACAAAUAUAAAGUUGGCAGUUAUUGAUUUUUGUGUAAAGUUUAUAAUAUUUUAUUCGGAAAUUUAAUAUUGUGGUAGCUCAACAAGAAUUUAUUCUCACUUCGGACUUGUUGUACACAUAGUUCUCUUCGGUUUGGUUGGAAACACACAAUAUGGACCUCGAUCGAGUUCUUGAGGAAAUCGGUGAAUGUGGACGAUAUCAGAAAAUAAAUUACUUUCUAAUUUGUCUGCCAGUAAUGUUUGCUGCAGCAAAUAGUUUAUCGUACGUCUUUACUGCCGGUACACCAAACUAUAGAUGCUUGGUGCCCGAAUGCGGUGAAAGCUCUACAGACUUCGAGCUAUAUCCACCUUGGCUGGUGAAUGCAACUCCCGGUACAAAUAGUAAAGGAAAAUUCACACCAGAAAAAUGUCUUCGCUAUGAAGUGAUGCUUAACGAUUCGAUAUCGAUACAAGAUGUUUCUGGCUCAUGUCCAAGGGAAAAGUUCAAUCAAAUGAAACAAGUGAAAUGUCGUGAAUGGGUCUUUGAUAAAAACGAACGGACAAUUGUUCAAGAGUGGGGACUAACCUGUACAGAGAAUGCUUGGAAAUUAGCCCUUGUUGGAACCAUGCACUUUGCUGGACUAGUGACAGGAACAGCAGCUUCUGGUUUCUUUGCUGACAGAUUUGGAAGAAAAGUUAUUUUUGUAGCUUGCAUUGUUUUCAUGGCAAUAACUGGAGUUCUACAAGGUCUUGCAUGGGACUACGAAAGUUUUCUCGUAUUUGCAUUUCUAAACGCAGUUGGCACUUCAGGUGUUUAUCCAUUGGCAUUUAUAAUCGGUGUCGAAAUGGUCGGGCCCAAACGCAGAGAAAUGUCAUCGAUUGUAUUAAAUUAUUUUUACGCUGUUGGUGAAGCCUUAGUUGGAUUAGCAGCCUGGCUAAUACACGAUUGGCAAUUACUUCAGAUUGUUCUGUCAGCACCACCAUUAUUUUUUAUCGGUUAUUAUUGGAUAGUUCCUGAAUCAGUUCGUUGGUUAAUUGCACGUGAAGACUUUGAGGAGGCUAGAAAAAUCAUAACCAAUGCUGCCAAAGUUAAUAAACGAGAAUUAUCUUUGUCUUUAUUAAAUUCAUUUAAUAUCAAUCAAAGCCAUUCGAAUAGUUCAACAAGUGACAAACUUAAAAUGGAUGAUGACGAAAAGACUGAAAUUUUUGAAGCUGUAAAAGCUGUCUUUAAAUCGAAGACGUUAUGUAUUCGAUAUGCUCUGUUGCUGUAUAUCUGGGCAGUUAACUCAUUGGUAUUUUAUGGCCUUUCAUUGAAUGCUACGAACUUAAGUGGCAAUAAGUAUAUUAAUUUUGCCCUUGUUUGUCUUGUCGAAAUUCCUGGAUAUUCAUUGGCAUGGGUAAUACUAAAUAAAUUCGGUAGAAGAUGGUCCCUCUCUGGAUCUUUAUUUCUUUCAGCAGUUACUUGUGUCGGGGGAGGAUACGUUGCAAAAAGUAGUGAAUGGGCAGUAAUCACUUUAUUUCUCACAGGAAAAUUAGGCAUAACAUCCUCGUUUGCAGUUUUGUACACAUACACAGCGGAAAUGAUGCCAACUAUCAUAAGAAGUGGUGGAGUUGGUUGCAUGUCAACGUUUGCCCGUUUUGGGGCAAUGUUGGCUCCCUUUGUACCAUUGUUGGGUAUAUAUUACGAGACGCUUCCACUGUUGAUAUUUGGUGGUAUAUCUCUAUCAGCAGGUCUUUUGGGCUUAUUCUUGCCUGAGACAUUUCAAAGAAAACUUCCAGAUACGGUAAAAGAAGCUAAAUCAUUACUUUCUGAUGUCGAUGAUCAAUGAAAUUAAAUAAUUCCAUUUUAUUAAAUUAUACAAUAACUGUCGAUGAAACUAAAAAAGUAUACUUGACACACUAGAAUACUCAGAAAAUAUCAUUUUUACUUAAAUUCCUCCUUUUUUCAUUUAAAAAAUGCAUGUAACUUAUAUUAAAAAAAUAAUAAGCAAUUUUAAUUUCAGUUCUUUUCGAGGUUUCAUCGACGAAAUU